AUGGAGGAAGGCGCUGAGAGAGAACGGCAAGGAGGGGAGGGUUCAGGAAAUAAAGAUGGGGACUCAAUCGCACCUGACGUGAGAGAGAGUGAGAGAGUGAAAUGGCAAGAGCUGCGCUUGGCCGAGCAUCUUGUAUUCUCAAGUCAUCUCCUCCCAAAACCCGAACUUGUUCUCUCUCGAAUUCCAAGGUACUCUUUCUCUCCCGUAUCCCAUGUUGGUGGGCACAGCUUGCCAAACGUACCAAACCCGUCGUCAUUCAGGAACCUGAGCCAUGGGUCGGUGAGAUUGGUGAUAUCAGAGGGUAAGCCCAAGUUUGAGACGUAUCAAGUUGACCCUCCCAACAAACACAAGUGGUUGACCAAGAAGAGGUUCAAGAUUCAGAGCAAGAGGGAGAAGCAGGAGAGGAAAGCAGCCAAUAAGAGGGACCCUCGUCGGCUUGGUAUCAAGAAGAAACGCCACAAGUUUGCUAAUGCUCCUGACGAAAAAAUCAAGUACAAGCUUGAAAAGGCCAGAAUUAAGGAGGCUUUGCUGAUUGAGAGACUUAAGCGGUAUGAAAUUCCAAAAGUUCAGGGUCCUGUGGUACAACCAAAUUAUUUGACAGGUGAGGAGCGGUUUUAUGUGAAGAAAAUGGCCCAAAAGAAGUCAAACUAUGCCCCGAUUGGCAGACGAGGAAUUUUCGGAGGUGUUAUUCUCAAUAUGCAUAUGCAUUGGAAGAAACAUGAAACGGUGAAGGUUAUUUGCAAGCUGUGUAAGCCUGGCCAAGUACAUGAGUUUGCACAAGAAAUUGCUAGACUGAGUGGGGGAACCCCAAUUCAGAUAGUUGGAGAUGAUACCAUAAUAUUUUAUCGAGGAAAGAACUAUGUGCAGCCGGAAGUAAUGUCACCUGUAGAUACUUUAUCAAAGAAAAGGGCACUGGAGAAAUCCAAAUAUGAGCAAUCUCUUGAGUCUGUGCGGAACUUCAUUGCUAUUGCUGAGAAGGAAUUGGAGCUCUAUUACAGGCACAAUGCGCUUUAUGGUGACCCAAAUGAUGAAAAAUCCAUUUCAGUUUUGGAUGGUCCUACAAAUGAAACCGAGACAUCAGAGAAACAUAAAUUACUAGAAAACCAAACUCUAGACUCUGCUAGUGAUUUCUUUUCUAAAGGUCUUCUUGAGACAGAAUCAGACUCCUCAGAUUCAGAACUGUUUGAAAAUUUUGAAGAUGACAACUGAUCAGAAGUCUUUUUGGACUUAUUGCUUGGAGUGCCCAUCGGAAGAUGAUUUGAAUCAUUCAGAAGCAAGGUACCCAAAACAAGUAUAUGACAUGGCGGCAUAUAGUUGCCUGACACUUACACAAUGAGACAACUAUACCAAAUCUAUGCACUGCUCAUCAAAAUUCCAGAACCUGAAGUUUUAAACCCUUGGCUGGGAUAUUCAGCAAACUCUUGUGCACCACAAAAUGCUGUUUUGCUGUAUAAAACAUCUGCUCCAGCACCGAACUUCCCAUAGUCACCACACAUUCACUUAUCCUCUCAAGGCCUGUUGCUUGCUCCAUGCAUUCCAUAAAGGCCAACAAAAUUUCAGUCACUUAUCUGAUACCUUCAUCCAGAGCUCUUUGCCCCAUUUUUGUGGAAUUCAAAUUACAUUGUUUCUGCUACCGGUGUUUUUGAUUUGGUAACGAUCCCGGAUAUAGUUUCCUGGACUUCGAUCAUUUUGGGUCUUUCCAAUUGUGGGAUUGUAGAGGAAGCAAUUGUUAAGUUUAUAUCCAUGGACUUAGAACCCAAUAUUGCUACUCAGCCUACUCUUGUGACUGUUUUGUCUUCAUGCUCUAGUUUAAGAGCUUUCAAGUUUGGUAAAACUGUUCCAUGGCCAUUGUUUGAGGAACUUACAUUAGAGUAACUUUAUUUUGGACAAUCUUCAUGCUCUAGUUUAAGAGCUUUCAAGUUUGGUAAAACUGUUCCAUGGCCAUUGUUUGAGGAACUUACAUUAGAGUAAGUUUAUUUUGGACAAUGCAGUGUUGGGUUUUUAUCAGAGAUGUGGGUCUUCAGCGGCUUCAAGAUACAUGUUUGUCAAUAUGCCCAAGAGAGAUGUGGUUUCUUGGACUAGUAUGGUGGGGUGGUUAUGCACAUAGAGGUUUAUUUGAGGAGGCAAUGACACUAUUCCAACAACUGGUGCAGGGUGGGAAGCUGAGCCGAAUGAUGCUACAAUUGUCAACGUCAUGUUCUUCUGUUUGUUCCUUGAGUUCAGACCAGCAGGUGCAUUCCUUUAUCAGUACACUGCCAUAUCUCAGGGUGAGUAACAAUUGGAGAUGCCUUGAUCAACAUGAACGUCAAGUGUGGUGGACAUUUGGGUGCGGGUCUUUCCCUUUUUAAGACCCUGUAGUGCAAAUAUAUCAUUUCGUCACAACAAUAAGCUGUAUGGCCAUGAAUUGACCAUACUGCUUUUUUCCCGAACUAGGCAGUGGGGUUUCUCCUGAUACUGAAAUCUUCCUUGGGUUGUUAACAGCAUGCAGUGAUGCAAACCUGGUAAAGCAACUGUUGAUGUUCUUCAAUGCUAUGAAGAAAGUUCACUGGAAUCUCCUUGAAACACAGAAUGAUGCUUGUUUGGUCGAUAUGUAUGGUCGAGCUGGGCUCUUAGAGGAAGCAGAGGCUUUUUAAGAAUUGCAUGUGGAAGCUUCUGGUUGUGUUAGAUGAGCAGGUACUUGGUGCUUUCAAAAUUCAUGGGAAUGAGAGGAUGGUUGAGAGAAUUAGACAAGGACUCUUGAAUAAUGAGAGAGCGAGAAAUGGAAUGUGCUCUGUUACCCAAUGCUUUUGCUAAACAUGAAAGGUGGGAUGAUAAGGUUCAUGAUGAAUUAAGGAGUAUUGGGUUUGAAGAGUGACACAGCCAGGUUCUAGCUGAUUGAGAGUAAUUGAUCCAAUAUUUUUAUACUUCGUAUGAUCCUCAUUCUACCAAACACAUUAUAUUGGUUGAUCCAAUAUACCUAUACUUCGUAUGAUCCUCAUGUUACCAAACACAUUAUGGUUUCAGAAAUUUGAGUGAAUAUGGUGAUAUCUGAAGAUAAACUCAGUUUGAGAUGUGUGUUUAUCGUUGAAGGCAACGUUCCUAGCUACUGUGUUUAUCAUUGGAGAGCAAAUUAGGAACUUGAUUCUUGAAUUGAUAAAAGGCAAGUUGAAUGCUUUUGGUGCGUGUUUGUAAUUUCUGGAAUUGUUUGCUAUGG